AUGCCUAGCAUGGAUCGAUAUGGAAGUGAUGGGUGUUAUUUUGCAGGAUCCAUGAGUGACGUUGAUAGCCAUGGCCGAGCUCAUAGUGAUGGCAGUGGCCCAGUCGGCCUUCUAGUUUGUGGUGGAGCAGUGGUGGACUGCAUUGUGCGCCCCUUUGAUUCGCAGCAGCAUGGUGCUUCACGCACAUCGAUGCCAGGAGAGGCUCGGAUCUCGCACGGUGGCGUCGGCAGAAAUCUGGCCGAGGUGUCCUUGCGUCUUGGCUGUGCGGUGCACCUUUUGUCUGCUGUGGGUGGCGAUGAGCCUGGAAGGCAGCUGUUGAGUCACUGUCGGCAGCUGGGGCUCCUUGUGGAAGAUGUGGCUGUCUUGGACACAUUUCGCACUGCAACCUACACAGCUCUACUUGAUGGAACAGGAGAGCUGGUGGGUGCAGUUGCAGAUAUGGCUAUCUUGGACAACAUCCAGCCAGAAAUACUGAGACACAGGUGUGGCUCACUUGAUGGCAUCAAACUUGUUCUUUGUGAGGCCAAUCUUAGUUCUGAAGCUCUCAAAGCAGCUUUACAAGCAGCAUCCGGCAACAAGACCUGUAUGUGGUUUGAUCCUGUCUCCGUUGCCAAAGCGCCACGCGGAGUUCAGAGAAUACCAUGGCACUUGGCCGCACCUAACUGGGACGAGCUACUGGCCAUGCUAGGGUGGAGGGGCCAAGGCUCCAUCGAAUGGUCAGAAGCGCCAGAAGCGCCAGCACUGCCACCAGCUGUGAUUGAAGCUGUCGCAGAAGCUCUAGUCCCAGGAUUUGGAUUUGCUAAAAAUCUUCUUCUAACUCUGGGACCUAAAGGGUGUGUGCUGGCGACACAAACAGAUGCAGAUGCGAUGCCUACUAAGUUUGGAAAGCCACGGAUACUUCAAAAAGUCGAACUUGAUGUUGCUGGGUUGCUUCAACUUCAAGAUGACAAGCCAAUUCAGCAAUUGCCUGGAUUGAGCGUGGAAGUAUCCGAGCAAAAUCACUCUGAUUGCACUUUGCGAUGGUAUAGAUUAAAACCGCUUGAUCAUGUUCGUGAUGUGACUGGUGCAGGUGAUGCUUUAUUAGCUGGGACUGCUGCUGCAUUUGUGGAGGGCUGGACGUUGCCAGACUCGAUCUUCCUUGGUCUCAUUUGCGCCCACGCAACGCUUUUUGUUGAUGGCAGCAUUGCACAAGACCUCGGUCCCAACAUUUUACCCAAGUUGGCACAACUAUUGCCACAACUCCACGGCGCAAAGCUUGCUGGAAUGAAAAUUCCUGAUCGUGGGCCCAUCCAACCAAAGGAAAUGCCGAAGGCUCCGCCGGUAGAUGAUCCCAUUGUUCUAGUUCGGGAGGUCCCGGCGGAUUGGUCACAGAAAGAUUUGAUGAGCUUUCAUUUAUCCUUGGGCAUGGAGGAGUUUCAGACCGCACGAAUGAUGCCUUCCAGCGAUGGAGGUCUCACUCGUCACGCGUACUUGCAGUACAGGACGGCAGCAGCUGCUUCCAACGCUGUAAGUAGUCUCUCGGGCAGCUUGGUCCAUCCGAGAUCCGGAGAGCCCAGGCGGCUGAUUGCUGGACUCGCAUCUGAUGUGCGACAUGGGGCUCAUGGCCAGAACGGCAUCAGAGGACGGCAACAAGGUCCAGGCAAGACCUCAGGGUAUCGGAACCAGGCCCGGGACAGGGAUUCGGAUCACUUCGAAGCUGGACCUCAGCAGGAUCCGUAUACUCUGUAUCUCUCGGACAUGCCUAGUGAUUUCAACAAGAAGGAUUUGGAGAGAUUGCACGACCAGCUGGGCAUAAUCAAGCCGAAAGUUAUCAAAGUUCUAUACUUGAGGCUUAACAAAAGCAAAAGCUCUGCUGUUUUGCGAUAUGACACAAUGGAACAGGCACGAGCAGACCAAACUUUGAUUCCACCGAAGCACAUUCAAAGGGCGUACGACGCUGACAUGCGCCGACUGUAUUGUGUCGGAUUCAGAUAUCCUGAUAUCCUGAAUGCUGGUAGGAAAUGUUAUGAUUCUUUAAAACCUCUACUAGUACAAUGCACACCUAAGCCGUGCGAGGCGAAGAGUGCUUUGAUGGUACUGCAGGAUCGCCUGGUACUGGUUUGA